AUGGUACAGACGAAGAAGUUCAGAGGUGUCAGGCAACGCCAUUGGGGUUCUUGGGUCGCUGAGAUUCGUCACCCUCUCUUGAAACGGAGGAUUUGGCUGGGGACGUUCGAGACUGCGGAGGAAGCAGCAAGAGCCUACGACGAGGCGGCCGUUUUAAUGAGCGGUCGUAACGCUAAGACCAACUUUCCCCUCAACAACAACGGAGACACAUCGGAGGGCAAAACCGAAAUUUCAUCUUCAUCAUCCUCAUCACUCUCUUCCAUCCUCAGCGCCAAACUGAGGAAAUGCUGCAAGUCUCCUUCCCCUUCGCUCACCUGCCUCCGUCUUGACACGGCCAGCUCCCACAUCGGCGUCUGGCAGAAACGCGCCGGUUCUAAGUCCGAUUCCAGUUGGGUUAUGACGGUGGAGCUUGGUUCCGCCGGCUCCUCACAGGAACCUACUAGUGAAGCUUCACAAGACGAUGCUGGUCCGGUCACUGAGGUUGCCGGCGGCGGAGAAGAAGGACUAAUGGACGAGGAAGAGAAGGUGGCUCUACAAAUGAUAGAGGAGCUUCUCAAUACAAACUAA